CCACCGUUCUUUGCGACUCCCAACAUGUUGGGAAUGGUGGUCUUGAGCUCUAGCUAGACUGCCACCUUCAGACCUGCGUCCAGUUCCUCCUUGGACCUUCCCCCUUGCGUUUAACGGCUCUACGUGGUCUUUGUGGUGCUGUUGGCCUCUCUAGAUUGUUUUGCAGCUGACGCUGGGUUUAAGUGAAAGAUUGCAAAUUGUCUUACGCCAGCGGCUUCCAGUCACCUUUUCUUUUCUCCACAUUAUUCGGGUCCCAUGCUGGAAAGGCUGGUUGGUAGGAAGAAGAGUUGCUGAGCUUUCCUCCUGGACUUUAAAAUCUCCACACAUCAUGGCCGCUACUGCCGCUGUUGCCUGCUCUGGGCAGCUCAGCCAGUCUUUGGGACUGGCCAGGAGCAGGUCAGAUGCAUCCAGUGCGUUCAUGGGGACGGCACUGCCAAAGCCUGUGCUCAGCAGGUCAUGCUCUCAGGGAGUGCAGCGGACAGGAGUGAAAGCCCAGGGCGAGGUGAACCUGCGGGACCCUCGCAAGGUGCCUAACAGCCACAAGCUGACGGGAAAGGCAGCGAGCAGCGCGGCGUUGCAGCAGUUGAGGAUGGCUGGAGUGGCAAAUCGGUACACAAGUGAGAAGAGCAGCAUUCUGGUCAUUGGCUUGAGCGUGCACACUGCUCCUGUCGAGAUCCGCGAGAAGCUUGCUGUGCCGGAGGCGGAGUGGCCGCGCGCUAUCGACGAGCUGUGCAGUAAUCCUCAUAUUGAGGAGGCGGGAGUUUUAAGCACAUGCAACCGCAUGGAGAUCUAUGUGGUGGCCCUGUCGUGGCACAGGGGGAUCAAGGAGGUGACCACCUGGAUGUCGAAGAAUAGCGGUGUCCCCAUUGAGGACCUCACGCCGCACCUGUUCAUCCUGCGCAACCGCGACGCCACCAGCCACCUCUUUAGGGUUGCCUCUGGCCUGGACUCCCUUGUUUUGGGAGAAGGCCAGAUUCUGGCCCAGGUCAAGAAGGUGUAUGAGGCGGGUCAGCCAGUCACCGGCUUUGCGCGCAACCUCAACAGUCUCUUUAAGUAUGCAAUUACGGCCGGGAAGAAAGUGCGGACGGAUAUCAGCAUCUCGUCUGGGGCGGUGUCGGUCAGUUCGGCGGCGGUGGAGCUGGCGCAGAUGAAGCUGCCGCUGGCGCUGGGCGAGGCGGCGGUGUGCAUCGUGGGGGCGGGCAAGAUGUCCAAGCUGCUGGUCAAGCACCUGCUCUCCAAGGGCUGCCAGAAGAUGGUCCUGCUCAAUCGUUCACGGGAGCGCGCAGACGAGCUUGCGGCAGAUUUUCCUGAGGCGCAGAUUGAGUACCAGCCGCUGACGGAGAUGAUGCGGUGCGCGGGGGAGGCGCAGAUUGUGUUCACGAGCACGUCCUCAGUGGACCCGCUGUUCCUGAGAGAGGAUGCAGACGCGCUGCCUCCAGUGUCAGAGGCGGCGGGGGGGAAGCGUUUGUUCAUUGACAUCAGUGUGCCUAGAAAUGUGGGGUCGUGUGUGAACGAGUCAGCCAUCUCUCGGGUCUUCAACGUCGAUGACUUGACGGAGGUUGUGGCUGCCAACAAGGAGGACCGGAGACGGAAAGCUCUAGAGGCGCUGCCAAUCAUCGACGAGCACUUGGACAUGUUUGACUCGUGGCGGGACAGCCUGGAGACAGUGCCGGUGAUCAAGGCGUUGCGGCAAAAGGUGGAGGAUGUGCGGAUGGGCGAGUUGGAAAAGUGCGUCAAGGCGAUGGGUGGGGAGGGGAUGACCAAGAAGCAAAAGAAGGCGCUGGAGGACAUGUCGCGGGGCAUCUGCAACAAGCUCCUGCACGGGCCCAUGACGUCCCUAAGAUGCGACGCAGGGAGCGAUCGCACCGUAGAAGAGACCUUGGAGAACAUGGCUGCGUUAGAGCGGAUGUUUGAAUUGCAUAGGGGCCCCGUGAUCAGGUAGACAGUUCACUUCCAGUCUGGGGUCCGGUCUACCCCAGUGAGCUCGCAGUCAGGAAAGUUUUUGAUCUCUCAAACGUGCAGCAGAUUUGUUGCAAUGAAGUGAUGACACAAGGUUCAGAGUUGAGUCGUUCAGUAGUACCUUCAGGGAGUCGUGCUUUCGUGAUUGAGCGGCAGACAUGUGACUCGAAGAGUUGCAUUUAGCUGAUCAUACACAGCCUCGGAGCACAAACCUCGAGUUGACUAGUAGGCUAUCCCUGAACUUCAUGUAUUCUAACUAGAACUGAGAAAUAAGUACCAAUCUGACAGCUUUACUUGUUGCAUGGAGUGCGUUUGGGUCGAGAGCAAUGUUCCAGUUCCAUGUUGAAUCAAAA